AUGAUUUUGUCCACAAUCCUCAUGGCCUCAUAUUGCGCCGCUGUUGUGAUGUCUUUCUCGUCCUGCCCUUUAUCAGUUGACAUAUCUAGUACUACUGGCCAUUCUAUUCAGAUUGCCAUUUCCAAUAUUGGAGAGAACAAUGUCACGUUUUUCCGGGGAAAUACUGUAUUGCAUGGGCGCGCAACGAAGAACCUGCGGGUGAUUGCCAUGAUCAUCGCGGGAACAGAUUUACCGUUCAAUGGCAUGUACAUCAACUACAGACGAGCUGACCUGCCGUCAUCAAUGUUCCAUACUCUCCAGCCCGGUGAGACUGUCACUACCAUGGUGAAUGCUGCAGUCUCUUACAAACUUGAGGGUAUUGCUACGGUCAACGUCACCGCUAUCCAAAAUUUUCAAUAUGUGGUUGGUCAGCUGGUGCCUACAUCCCUCCAUAACAUGUCCCUUUGUACGGAGGUGACCUCCAAUACGGUAACCAUGAUUCCGGAUCAAAGCACGGUUGUGUCCCAACACAUCUCGAGACGUGAUACAAGCAUUUCUCGGAUCCAGAAACGUGGUGUGACCUACGUCAAUUGCUCUCCCUCUCAAGAACAGUCGCUGGAAAAUACUGUGUCGGAUGCCAUCUCACUGGCCACUGCAGCGUUGAAAGCGGCUGACACCGAGGCUGACUAUUGGACCACGUGGUUCAAAGAUACUGGAGGGUUAUCGACAACGAAAAAUAUCUACUAUGACGUAGCUUACGUACUGUCAAACAACCUCAGAAUAUCAUGUACUGACAUUUACGGCGAUUGUUCAAACAGCAAUCAUCUUCUGUAUACCGUUGUGAGCGACAAAACCAUCGUGCCGUGCCCCAACAAUGGUUAUUGGGGUUUUCCUGAAUUUGCAGCCAAUUGUGCUAAUAGCGACUAUGACCGUGCUGGCAGCAUCCUGCACGAAAUGACACAUUUGAAUGGGACCACUGACUACGCAUAUGGACGAGACAAUUGCUUACAGUUGAAUGCGGAGGAGGCAGUGAAAAACGCGGAUACCUAUGAACUUUACGCUGAAAGUGUGAGACUUCGUGGUUGUGACUAAUCAUAACGGACACUACGAAUAGAUCACAGCGGACGAUUCUUGGGAACUGGAGUAUAUAAGGACAUUUGCAUGUACUACUAUCCGAUUACCAUUACGAUCAUUCGUUACUUUUAUUCGAGA